UACUUUAAAUCUGCGGAGCAGAUUAUUUUCCUCUUUUGUGAGUUUUUGCAAAUUCUUAUUUUUGUAAAAAUAAAUACGCAAUACAUAUAGAUCACUAAUUAUUACUCUUUUUGGCAUUUAAAGAAUGUACAAAUAUGGCCACAAAUUAUCCUCCAAUCUUUGGCAAGGUCAAAUUUAUAGUAAAACAAACAGCUGGCUGGCUUCGUCAUUGCAACUGAGAUGUCUUCAAUCGAAUGCUGCAGAGCAAGACUCAAAUGUGUUUCGUAAACGUAAAUUCAUACCUCCGGAACCGUCCAAAUUGGCUAAAGGUGUUGUACCCAACCAAGUACGUGUGGUGAUUUGUGGUGGUGGCAUAAUGGGUGCUUCAGUGGCUUAUCAUUUGGCUUCGAUGGGCUGGGGUAAGGAUACCUUACUGGUGGAACAAGAUAAAAUAGGAGGCGAGAGUCCGUGGUGUGCUAGUGGCUUGGCUGGGCGUUUUGAACCCAGCUACACGGAAUUAAAACUGGCAGAGUAUUCAACUGAAUUAAUUAAAGAGCUGAGCCAAAAAGGUCUGAAUAUGGGUUGGAAGCAGGUGGGCAGUCUUAAUUUGGCGCGCAACUUUGAUCGCAUGAUUUCCUUUAAUCGCAUGAAAUCUCAGGGUGUAGCCUGGGGUGUGCCAACCGAAAUUUUAACGCCCGAACAGUGCAAGGAAAAAUGUCCUCUCAUAGAGGUGAAUGAUUUGAUGGGUGGUUUAUGGAUACCCGAGGAUGGUGUUUGUGAUCCUCAUCUUGUGUGCCAAUCGUUUAUAGAAGAAGCUCAACGUAUGGAUGUUCGUGUUGUGGAGCAUUGUGCUGUGAAGAAAAUACUUUCAGAGCAAGGCAAAGUUACUGAAGUUGAGACUACCGCCGGCAAUAUUCUUUGCGAAUAUUUCAUCAAUUGCACAGGAUUUUGGGCUCGAGAAGUGGGUACACUUUCCAAUCCCCCGGUUAAGAUUCCACUCAAGGCAGUAGAACAUCAUUAUUUACAUACAAAACCAAUUGAAGGUAUAAAUCCCAAUACGCCCUUUGUACGAGACUAUGAUGGUGGCAUAUAUUUUAGGGAAAAGGAGGGGUACAUUUUGGCCGGUGGCUUUGAACGCGAGGCCAAAGUAGCUUACGAGGGUGGAGUAAAACCGCUGUCGCAAAAAGAACGUUUGUUGCCCGCCGAUUGGGAUCAUUUCCAUGAACUGUUAGAUGAACUUUUAAAAAGAGUGCCUGCUUUAAGAACAGCCAAUUUGGAUCGUUUAACCAAUACUUUACAGGCUUUUUCGCCCGAUUGCAAAUGGAUCAUGGGCGAGGCUCCAGAAAUACAAAACUAUUUUGUUUCAGCUGGCAUGAAAACUAUAGGCGUAUCGGCUGCUGGUGGUAUUGGCAGAGCUUUGGCGGAGCUUAUAGUAAAGGACACUUGUUUCGUAGAUGUUCACAUUUUGGACAUACAUCGCUUUUUGGGCUUGCACAACAAUCGUAAAUUUUUAACUGAUCGUUGUAAGGAAGUUCCGGGCAAGUUGUAUCAGAUUUCUUAUCCCUUCGAAGAGUACAAGACUGGUCGUAAUUUACGCAUGUCUCCCAUAUAUCCAGCUCUACAAGAUGCUGGAGCUGUUUUUGGUCAAACAAUGGGCUAUGAAAGACCUAAUUACUUUGACACCAGAAAUGUCAAGGAUGAGUCUGGUCUGCCCAAGUUUCGCAUAGCACAGACAAAGACCUUUGGCAAACCGCCAUGGUUCGAUUAUGUAGCUGCUGAAUACAAGGCCUGUCGCGAGGGCAUAGGUCUAGCUGACUACAGUUCAUUUACCAAAUUCGAUCUGUGGUCAAAGGGUCGUGAAGUAGUCGAUCUUUUGCAGUAUUUGUGCUCGAAUGAUGUAGAUGUUCCUGUUGGCAGCAUUAUUCAUACCGGUAUGCAGAACUCUUUGGGCGGUUAUGAAAAUGACUGCUCCUUAGCCCGUCUUUCGGAACAACAUUAUAUGAUGAUUGCGCCGACCAUCCAGCAAACGCGCUCUAUGAGCUGGAUACGCAAGAAUAUGCCCAACCAUUUGAGGGCUGGUGUGAAUGUAGCCGAUGUGACAUCCAUGUACACGGCCAUCUGUAUUAUUGGACCCUAUUCACGCAUUCUGCUCUCGGAACUAACAGACACCGAUCUUUCGGCCAAAAACUUUCCGUUCUUUACUUACAAAGAGCUGGAUGUGGGCUUGGCAAAUGGUAUACGCGUGCUAAAUAUCACGCAUACCGGUGAACUGGGUUAUGUGCUUUAUAUACCCAACGAAUAUGCAUUGCAUGUCUAUUCGCGAGUCCAUCAAGCCGGCCAGAAAUACAAUAUACAACAUGCAGGCUAUUAUGCUACGCGAACGUUGAGAAUUGAAAAAUUCUAUGCGUUUUGGGGACAAGAUUUGGAUACAUUUACCACACCGUUGGAGUGUGGUCGCAGUUGGCGUGUCAAAUUCAAUAAACCCGUCGAUUUUAUAGGGCGUGCUGCUCUGGAGAAACAACGUGAUGAAGGUGUAAAGAGAAUGUACGUGCAAUUGCUGCUCAAUGAUCAUGAUCACGAAGUUGAUAUUUGGUGUUGGGGCAAUGAGCCCAUUUAUCGAGAUGGCAAAUACUGUGGCAUGACCACAACCACCGGCUAUGGCUUCACAUUUAAGAAACAAGUAUGUCUGGGCUUUGUGCGUAAUUUCGAUGAUGAGGGCAAUGAAAUGACCGUCACCAAUGAUUAUGUGCUGUCGGGCCACUAUGAAGUCGAAGUUGCAGGUAUCCGUUUCGAGGCCAAAGUCCAUUUACACUCGCCCAACUUACCCACCAAAUUUCCCGAUAAGGAACGUGAAGCUUAUCAUGCCACCCGCGACAAACCGGGCCAGGCUGAUCUGCUGUCUUUUGGCCACACCGAAACUUGAACAGACGUGUCUAAGUCUAACACUUUUUUUGUUAUAAUAUUGUUUAAAUAUUUAUUCGUUGGCAGUUACUAUUUGUUUUUAGUAAAGUAUUUAAUAUUUAAUCGGCAUUUAUCUACAAAAUCUCAUCCCGCUUCCAAAGGAAUCAUACUCAUAUUUGCUUCAAAUCAAGCAAAGUAAAAACAAAUGGAAAAAAAUUAUUUAUGAACAUUAUUUACGAUAUACACAAUUACAUUAAAUUUAUUUAAUUUGUUAGUAUUGAAGCUAUAUAUUUAAAGUGUCCUUGUAAAUUUUUGUAAUUAUAGAUUUAAAUUUAUACAAAUUAUUUUAUAUACAUGAUUGAUGUCUUCUCAAAAACAUUAAAAAUAUAUGAGUAACAAUUAGUAAAUUAUAAAUUUCAUAAUAAAUGUUAAAAGCAAACGAAAAGAA